AUGGCAACCGCGGACGAAACCGACACCAAACCUUUCGAUCCGCAGCUUGAAACCACGUCACGCAGCCACACUCACAGGGGCUCUAUAGUAACUGCACCAAAUGUAUUAGAGGCAAUAUUGGAAGAAAAUUAUAAAACAAAUCACCCGAAGCUUGGAACAGCACUUAUCAUCAACCAGGUGGAGUUCAGUUCCAUGACCAGACGAGAUGGAAGUGACAAGGAUCGGGAUUGCAUUAGUGAAGUGCUACAAACUGUUGGAUUUGAUGUACGAGUGUUCAACAACCUUGAUAAAAAGGAGCUUUUGGCCAAACUAGACGCAGUUGCUCACGAAAAUCAUUCGGAGAAUGACUGUCUGGUGGUGGUAGUAAUGACACACGGUGAUAAGGAUGUGCUGUACGCGUCGGAUAAAUACUACUCAAUUGGUCAGCUGUGGGAACCUUUUCUUGGCGAUGCGUGCCCGACAUUGUGCGGCAAACCGAAGCUCUUCUUCGUCCAGGCAUGCCGUGGCGGGAGUUUCGACAAGGGUGUGAAGUUGAGCAAAAUGGUGACGGACACGGUCGAUGCACGAUCGUCUUCUGAGCAGCUGCUGUAUGUCAUUCCCACCAUGGCAGACCUGCUAGUGAUGUACUCCACCUACGAUGGGCACUACUCGUGGCGCAAUCCCACCAACGGUUCCUGGUUCAUCCAAUCGCUUAGCAUCGAGCUAGAGAAGAGCGCACACUCGAAGGAGCUUUUGCAGCUGUUGACGGCCGUUUCGCGACGGGUCGCCUAUCAGUAUCAAUCGUACGUUCCGGGCAGUGCAAAAAUGGAUGCAAAGAAACAGAUGCCCUGCAUUGUGUCGAUGCUUACCAAGGCGUUCUACUUCAAGCGAAAGUAG